AUGAUCCGCGGCCCAGUGACAAAUGAUCCGCGACUCAAAAGAGCUUCUCUUCCCCCUCCUUCUUGUUUUUCUUCUCUUCUUAAUACUACUACUAUUACUCGUACUCCUCCUUCUUCAUCAUCAUAUUAUUAUCCUUCGCCCUGUUCUUCUUCUCCUCUUUCUUCUUCUACUGUUUCUUCUGCUCUUCCUUCACCCCUAUUUCCUACACUCCUGCUCAUCCUUCUUCACCCUUCUCUUCCCCUCAUCCUCUUCCUUCUUCUUACCCUCCUCUUUCUCCUCCUCCUCCUUUUUCGCGUCUUUCUUCUCCUCAUCCGUUUUCUUUUCUUCUUCUUUUUGCUUCUACUCCCCUCCUUCUUCUCCUCCCCUUCUACUUCUUCUUCUUCUUCUCGACCUUCUCCUACUCCUUAUUCUCCUCCUCCUCCUUCUUCACCCUUCUCUUCCCCUCAUCCUCUUCCUACUUCUUCCCCUUCUCUUUCUCCUCCUCCUUUUUCUUGUCCUUCUUCUCCGUUUUCUUCUCUUCCUCCUCUUUUUGCUUCUUCUUCUCCCCUCCUUCUUCUCCUCCCCUUCUACUCCUUCUUCUUCUCCUCUUUUACUCCUCCUUCUUCUACUCUUUCUUCUUCUCCUUCUCGACCUUCUCCUACUCCUUAUUCUCCUCCUCCUUCUUCCCCCAUCCUUUUUGUCCUCCUUCUCUUCUUUUACUCGUCUUUCUUCACCUCAGCCUUUUCUUCUCGUCCUCCUCCUUUUGCUUCUUAUCCUCUUCUUCUUCUUCUUCUUCUUCUUCCUUUUUUCUUUCUCGCCGUCUUCCUCCUCCGCAUCUUUCUUCUUUUUUUUUUCUUCUCUUCCUCCUUAUUCUUUUGUUCUCCUUCUCCUCCUUUUCCUCCUUCUCCUUCUUUUCUUUCUUCUUCUUUUUCGUCUUCUUUUUCUUCUCGUCUUUCUCUUCCUUAUUCUUUUCUUCUUCUUCACCUUAUUCUUUUCUUCUGCUCCUUCUUUUCCUCCUCCUCCUCCUUUUCCUCCUCCUCCUUUUCCUCCUCCUCCUCCUCUUUUCCUCCUCCUCCUCCCUUUUUCCUUCAUUAUGUGAGUACGUGUGCAGUAGCGUCUCUUUCGCCACGUUCACUCUUUAUCCUCAUCUCUUUGUCCCUUUUAUACAUAUCUUCUCUAUCUAUCUACCUAUCUAUCUAUCUAUCUAUCUUUCUGAGUCUGUUUUAUUUGUCUAUCUAUCUAUCUAUCUAUCUAUCUAUCUAUCUAUCUAUCUAUCAGAAUGUGUUUUUAUCUAUCUGUCUAUCCAUCUAUCUAUCUCCUUCACUUUGUCUAUACAUAUCUAUCUAUCUAUCUAUCUAUCUAUCUAUCUAUAAAUUUAUCUAUUUAUCUAUCUAUCUAUCUGUUUUCUCUAUCUAUCUAUUUCUUUUUUAUAUUUGUGUUUUUAUACAUCUAUCUAUCUAUCUCAUUCUUUUUUUAUCUAUCUUUUAUAUCUGUAUGUGUCUGUAUUUGCGCUGUUGUCCCGCCAUUUUCUCCUCAAUAUCUCUUUCCCACAGCGUCCAGAGCAUCUCCACGCCCACACGCCACACUCUUUUCUCCAGGCUAUAG